AUGGAUUUCUUUGGUAAGAUUCCCUACAUCCACUUAGUCACAAAAGAGGAAAAACAUGGAGGAAUUCCUUCGUUGGGAGACCUAUAUGGACACUUGGAAAAGUCUGAGCAUGAUAUUCUCCAUCUCUUUCCAGAAGAUGGGUUGGGCUUGGCUGUGAUUGACUUUGAUGCUUGGAGACCUGUCUGGGAAAGGAAUAGGGUUAACAGAACAAUUUACCGGAAGAAAACAUUUGAUUUCGUUAAGAAGACCAAUCCAGACAUUUCUAAUGACAUUGCCAGGGAUGUAGCCAAAGAAGAAUUUGAAAAGAAAGCAAAGGAGUUCAUGCUGAAGACUUUGCAGUUGGCUCGGAAACUUCGACCAAAAAAUUAUUGGGGUUUUCACAAUUAUCCUGAUUGUUACAAUUAUAAUUAUCUUAACAACCCCUACAGUGGAAGUUGCCCUGAAAGUGAGAAGAACAGAAAUAAUGAGCUUGACUGGUUAUGGAAAGAAACCACUGCCCUUUACCCAACCAUUUAUUUGCAUUCAACUUUAAAGAAUAGUCAAAAGGCUGCACACUUUUCCCGUAAUCGCGUUAACGAAGCCCUUCGGAUUUCUAAAGCACGCAACAGAAAUAAUCCACUUCCGGUAUUUGUAUACGUGCGUACAGUUUAUACGAAUGAUAGGACACAAUUUAUUUCCGAGACUGACCUUGUGCAUACAAUUGGUGAAACUCUGGCUCUUGGGGCCUCAGGAAUUGUCAUCUGGGGAAGCUACAGGAUAGCCCAAAGUGAGGUUGCCUGCAGAAAUCUAAAAAAUUUUGAGAGAGAGACACUGAGUCCUUACUUAAUCAACGUCACUCUAGCAGCUAAAAUGUGUCAACAAGCACUCUGCCAAGAUCGAGGAUUCUGUAUAAGGAAAGACUGGAAUUCAAAUGACUACCUUCACCUGAACCCGAAGAAUUUUGUUAUUAAGUUUGCAUAUUGUGACAAAUUCAUAGUAUAUGGGAAGCCCUCAAUUCAAGACCUACAGCAGUUUUCUGACAAAUUUGAUUGCACCUGUUUUGCCAAUGUCACUUGUAAGAAGAAUGAUGAAGUAGAAAAUGUUGAAAACAUAAGGGUCUGCAUUAAUGAGGAAGUUUGCAUAUAG